AUUAGAAUUAGGCUCAGAUUGGGUAAGAAUUAAGAUUUGCAUAUAUUUGUAUUUGCUAGGGUUGGGGAAUUGUGAUGGGUCCUCAUAACACAAAAACAUGUGUGGGUGUGAGAGAGUUGGCCUUUGACAUCCUUGCUCUCUUCCUUGACCUAAAACUGUGAGUCACAUUGACACACACACAUUCCUUUUUCAGGCAAACGGAGACACACUAUUGCGUACACCUCAGUAGAUUAUUGUCCUGCUCUUAGACGUGGUUGUGGGACAGCAGACACCGGCGAUACCAAAGUAAAUGGACGACAGUUUUGUAAUUUGUCACCAUCAUAUCAAGAACACGUUUAUUGUCCUGUAGAAACUUCUAGAAAUUAUACUUAUUAAACUUUUUCUUCCCGACUACUUCUGGACAUUUUUGUCUAGAAAGGAUUACUCUAGUUUUCUUGUUUUAUUUUUGAAACUCUCAGUCGAGUGUUUCGCCGCCUCCUGUUGAUCGAUACUGGGUAUGUCACAUUUGAGGAAGAAGUGAACCUGUUGUUCAUGUGACCAUGAAUCCUUUGAUCCAUAGUCAUAGAGUUUGUUAUGUCAUCCUGUCUCUGUGCUCAGUCUGUUGUCACUAAACUUUGUCCGUUGUCUUUUGUCGUCUGUCUUGUCUUAUGAAUAUCUCGGGGCGUUGUAUUUUUUUUUUUUUUUCCGUUGUUUCAGUCACUUUACUCUUGUUGGCCGCAGCAUUUCAGCAGCACUCUGUGAUUUCUGCGUGGAGUCGUCGUGAAACAAUGCCAUAGACGUUCCAGGCCACAGUGAGGAGGCUAACGAGGGGCGUGUCCUGCUCUCACACAUUCACACAGGGAGCAUCACCUGCUGUUACACUUAGCCCUGGUGUUAGUCUUCUAGUCUUCCUCUGGGGGUGCCGAUGGUUUCCUGGAUACCUGUCCUGGGAUGGUGGCGUUCUGUGGCUGCUGCCAUGGAGACGGACAGUUUCCUUAGCAGUUUGUUUAAAACACAACAUCCAGAUGUUGUGCCAGAUGCAGCUGGUCCACAAACGCAGAAUUAGACAAGACCAGGAUACGGAGGUGCUGUGCAGCUCAGCUUCUUCUCUCAUCGUGUUUGAUGACACCACAGCAGAAAGAAUAGGACUUUCCCCGCUUCAGUGGAACCUCAUUCCGCUGUCCGGAACUCGUGAGGAUCUGUCCCGACUUGUUACUCAAAGUUAGGCAAGGUUGAAUUAUCACCAAUACAGCAAACAUGCGACACAUUCACGUGGAGUUGCCCCACAAAAAGACUCCUUUAGAACUGCCUGCCCACGAGGGGGACCUGCCGCCUCCUACGGCCCCACAAGAGGGCAUAGACCAUGGGGUCAGACCAGGGGCACCAAGGCACUUUGGCCAGGAGGAGCUGCGAUACCAGAAGGUCUACCAGCUCUCCAUUUACUCCCAGCUGGGGGAAUUUUCUACCUCCACCGAAUCCAACGCCGACAACCAGCAGAGACCUGUCCGGGUCGGUGUGAAAAGGACACUGGAAGAGACGCAACUGACUCACAAGCGCCCCAUCCUGGCAGAGUCUCCCGAGAGGGAGGCUCUGGAGGGAGGGAUUCUGUGUGGGCCGGCCCCAGCUCAAGGUGUUGGGAUGGGUUCUGCAGGACCACAGAUGGAGCACAGAGACUCUGAGGCAGGGUUGUCACCCAGGUCUCCGCCGCUAUCGCCGAGUCACACUCCGGCCCGACGUCCUACCCAGCACAAUCACGAUAAACCCGUUCCUGAUGUGUUUGCUCCGCUUUCUCCCAAAUCGUCUCCGAUGUGUGACCAGGGCCACGCAGGCGGCGGCGGCGGCUCGGUCAGGAUGGAGUCAAGUAACGGGGGCCGCACUCCCACCUACUCUGUCACCAGUCCUGGACACGAGAGCUGCACUAAUGGGUCAUCAGGAGGGCAGCCCAGUCCCCACUUGUACGAAAUGUCCACAUAUGAGACUCCCAACCCCGCCAGUCCCACUAGCCCCCCAGGUCCCUUCUCACCCCCGCACCACACCGAGCUGCAGGAACCCGGGGAGGCCACUGAAUGGGAAGUGGGACUUGAAUCCUCGCCACCGGAACGCAGUGCCACCCAGGCUGCCUCGUCGUCCUCUAAGGGCCUGUCCUCCUGGGAGAAAACUCCCAGCAGUAACGGCCACCGUCUGUCGGCAGGAGGACACUGGCCGGCCAAGAAAAGGCUGCUGUCCCCCAACGACACGGAAGAGUCGGAGGACGAGGGUCCGUCCACGUCCAAGAAAAGCCGUCUGUCCCUGCUCACCCCGGGACUGGGCUCAGCCUCAUGUCGUAGCACUGAUGCCAAAGCUGCACCUUACUGGAACCACCUGCUGCCCAACACGUGGGACCGGACCAAGAAUGGUACGGACUGCACACGAUCAGGAAGACGACUUAAAAGUGGACUUCGUUUGAAAAGUCGGCAGCUGCGCAGUGGAAGACACACAGACACCGGUCGCUCCACACGUUCCAGCUGGCCCUCGUCUUCAAUCAGCAGAUCUCUCCUCGGCAACUUUGAGGAGUCCAUUCUCAAGGGACGGUUCUCGCCCUCCGGCAGGAUCGAAGGCUUCACGGCAGAGAUCGGCGCCAGCGGCUCGUACUGCCCUCAACACGUCACUCUGCCGGUGCAGGUUACGUACUACGACAUCUCGGAGCACAGCGUUCCCUCUCCCUUUCUGGGAGUGGUUUCUCUUGAGCAUCUUGGAAAGAAAGGAUACAGCAUACCCAAAGUAGGGACCAUUCAAGUGACCUUAUUCAAUCCCAACAAAACUGUGGUGAAGAUGUUCCUGGUGACCUACAACUUCAGCGACAUGCCCGUCAAUCACAUCACCUUCCUCCGCCACCGCAUCUUCCUGGUGCCUGUGGAGGAGGGGGCCGAGGGGAGAGAAGAGGCGCCCCCUGGGGGCGGAGACAGGAAGAAGAUUCUUUGCUACCUGAUACAUCUCAGAUUCCACAGCUCCAAAUCUGGGAAGAUUUACUUGCACAACGAUAUCCGGCUGCUAUUCUCCCGCAAAUCCAUCGAAGUGGACACGGGGAUCCCUUAUGAGUUGAAAUCUUUCACCGAGGUGCCAAAAAACCCCAAAUACUCUCCGCGUGUGUGACCCUCCCCGCCCUCCCUCCCCACCCCCAGCUUGACCUU